AAUUCCAAUUCCAGUUGGGCUGUUAUUUUACCAUGUGGAGCAAGAAACCUUGCAAGGCCUUUAAAGCUGGAGCUUGCUAUAUACCCAACUUUACAGGACGCUCAACCGCGUAUCGUUGUUCCACUGUGGAGAGCCAGUUUGGAGGAGACGAAGUCACAGCAUUCUGAUCCAUCAGUUAUGAUUGUGGAUAACGCAGCGACCAAGCACAAUUCUGACAAAGCGAGCGCAGAAAAGGGGUGUGUUCGAUUUGUGAGCUACAGGAAAUGCGAGUACAAUUGCAAUAAUCUGGAAAUUUUUGGAAUCGUUCAGGUGAUGCACCCUGCAUUUAUGAAUGGUAACCAGGGCUCGGGUGCAUCCGCAACUGCACCGCCGGACACAGAAGAUGUGGAGCUAGACAUGGCCAUUAACGCUUCCAUACAAUCAUCUACCCAGGGGAGACCACCCUUUCCUGAUCCUAGUCCAAGUUCUAAAGCAAGUGCCUCUAGCAGCCAUACAGGUCCAGUUGCACCAACAACAACACAUUCGACGAAAUUAGGCACGAAUGAUUCCGAAGAGCAUGAAGCUGGCCAGAGCAGCAACUCGAACGAACAUCCCGAAAUUCAGACUAACACCAUCCCGUCAGAUUCAGUACCUUCAGCUCCACCGGUGGCAAAUGAUAUUCUGGACGAUGGUGCAAUUCACUAUCCAUCGAUCGAUUCAAGUCCGAUUGACUUAAGACCGGGCGAAGGGAAAGAGGAAGCGAGUUCUUCAUCAUGUGUUAUAUGUUUGGAUGCUCCCAUUGAAGGAGCCUGCAUUCCCUGCGGACAUAUGGCUGGGUGCAUGAAUUGUUUGACUGAAAUCAAAUCCAAGAAAUGGGGCUGCCCAGUUUGUCGCGCCAAAAUCGACCAGGUCGUCCGAUUGUAUGCUGUAUGAAUAAUCCAGAAUGUCGAAUUAUACUGUGAGUAAACUAUUUAAUGUACAGUUCCUGUUUAUAUAUAUAUUCUUGCUACAUAUAUACUCAUUGUGUUCUAUCUGAUUGUGUGGACACAAUAUUGGUAAUGUAAAUGCAUUUUGAAUACAA